GACACCUUUGAUGCAGAGUAUGAUAAGGCAGCAUGCAAUCAAGAUGUUUUCAUCUUAUUUACAUCUGGAGUUUCCAAGCUCCCAUCAAGAUCAGCUAUUGAUCAAGAAUUAUGGAGGUCCUACUUUGAUCCAUUUGUGGGAAGAGCUUUUCAUUAUGCAGAUACAGAGAGACUCGAUAUUAACAAUGUAAGCUUUUCCUACCUAACAGCAAUUACUGGUAUAGGUCCAACAUAUGCAGAAAGAAUAAUUACUGAGAGAAACAAGCAUAAGUUUGAUGACAUUGAAGAUGCCCAUCAUG